AGUCAUUGCUGCAGAAUGGGUGACAACAUCGGGACAUACGACACUCCAAACAAGCGACAAAGAGUGGGUUACAAUGGGGCUGGAGUCAAUCUACGCAUGUGUCCACAUUGCGGGCGCACCUUCAAACGAACGGAGCAUCUCGAGAGACACGUCAGAACACGUGAGUCUUGUGAUCUGAUUGAAGAUAGGGUAGCUGAUUUGAUGUAGAUACCAAAGAGAAGCCGUUUUUGUGCCAUUGCGGGGCGUCAUUUGCAAGACGCGACCUGCUCACGCGUCAUCAACGGCUAGCCGAGCAUGAGGGCGACGUCCCAUCGCCUGAACCUGCCCAAGGUAAUGUGACUGUCGUACAACAAGGGAAUGAUAGCAUCGGUGAUCCAGACUUGGCUGCAGCUGUGUCACUCUCCGGCCUAAGUGUUGACCCAUGGUUCUGUGCAAGAACACAGCAGCCGAUGCAGCUUCCUGUUGCUGUUCCUCAGACAGUGAAUGAACAAGUGCAACAUCAACCGAGUGCAGACGAUGGUCAAUUCGUUCCCAACUUUCUGUCACCACAGAUGCUUGACAGCGGCGUCGACUUUGACACCCACUUUCGCGAGUUCACCAGUUUCCUCGACGGCGUUGGACUCUCGGCUGAGUGGAGCCCUUUCUUCGGCGACCCUGACAGGCAUGAGGAACCCAUCGAUCCCGGGCUUACGCAAGACGAUAAUGAAGAGACCUCUCCCCGGCAAGGAGCUCCAACCCGAGCUGGGACCCCUUUCAGCUCAUGGCUUCCUUCUGCACCUACGGGUAAUCGGAUAUCCAAUUAUGUCUCUGACACCGACAAUCCAAGGGCUAUUGACCCUGAAACACGACCGUUCAAAGUCACCGAAGAGCAAAGAUCGAAACUCAAAGCAUCUAUCCUUGACCACUCGCAUCUCCUGGACCCAGCCUUUUGUGUCCCAUCGAGGCACGCUCUCACGCGUUAUGUGACCUCUUUCUUUGGCGGCUUUCAUACCCAUAUGCCGUUCAUUCACAUACCAACAUGGCAGAUCAACGAUCACUCACCUGAGUUGAUCUUCGGCAUCGCCGCCAUCGGAGCGCAGUACUGUUUCGAGUCGAGAGCCUCAGAGAGAUUGUUCUUCGCUGGAAAGGCUCUACUGAUGGAGAGACUGAGAAGGGACGCAGACUCAUUUGGUGUGUCCUCAGUUCCUAUACCGCAUGCCGUGCCACAUAAUGGUCGUCGGAGGGAUGCUGGAAACGAUGCAGCGGUCGAAACUAUCAGAGCUUUGAUCACGCUCAUGGGCUUCGCAACAUGGGAACCCAAAGCAUCAAUGGUCCAGGAGUCCUUCGCAUUGCAGGGCAUUCUCACUCAGGUCCUUCGAAACUCUGGCCUUGAGGACGUCGAUGAGCCCGCAUUGCCAACACCAUCAGAUCAACCAAGCGACGGCAACUCACUCUGGCACGAAUGGAAGACGUGGAUCAAGCAAGAGUCGAACAGGCGCUCAAAGCUCAUCGGCUUUUCCUUCCUUCAUACCCACAGUAUCGCUUACAACGUCUAUCCAACACUCCGUAGUAACGAGAUUGGUCUCCGACUACCAUGCUCUACAAAGGAGUGGAAAGCGCCAACUUCAGCCUUGUGGCGUACUGCAACAAAAGAGAUCCAAGAGCCACAGUUGUUCUUCCGAGAAGCGUUGUCAUUGCUGCUUAAGAACAAGAAUGACACAGCGCCACUAUUGCCAAUUCCUACGCCACUAGGCAAUUAUGUCCUGCUCCAUGGCCUACUUCAGAGAAUACACAUCGUACGAGAUCUGAGCCUUCCGGUGACCAGCAGCUCGGCUGUCCUUCCGAGCGAAGAGGUUGAGAAACUCGAACGAGGUUUGCGCUCGUGGACUUCGUGCUGGCAACAAGCCCCAGAGUCAACCCUCGACCCGAACAACGAGAACGGACCGAUCCCUUUUACUUCCAGCUCUCUUCUGUCAUUAGCAUAUGUGCGCAUAUAUCUGCACUUGGGUCCAUACAGACAACUCGAGACACGGGAUCCGCAAUGUAUCGCCAAUGCCAUCGCAGGCAGCCCCGAUAUCGAGAGGAGUGACGGCGUGAUUGCCGCACUCCUCUACUCGGCUCACAUGAUUGGAAUCCCGGUCCGCUUGGGCGUUGACCGUGUUGCAAGAAGUCAAGCCUUCUUCUGGAGUGUGAGGCACUCGCUCUCUGGUCUGGACUGCGCUGUACUAUUGAGCAAAUGGCUGUCAAAACUUGGGGAAACACUUGCCGAACACCCGCUGAGUGAUAGCGAAGACAGGAUCUUGCACUGGGUCAGAUGCAUCGUCGAGGAGGCAUACACGGUCGUCGACUUUGAUCAAGGCGCUGACACGGAUAACCCAACUCUUCUGGACUUCCGAGAUCCAAGCAACCUAUGCCUGGCAGUUUUGAAGAUAUGGGCACAUUUCUUCAAGAGUAACACCCAAUGGCCUUUCAUCAACAUCAUAGGUGUUGGGUUGGAAAAGUAUCGGGAAAUACUUGUUCACAAGAACAUCGGCUGAUGUCUUCACCUGACAACAUAGGCUCUAGAAACGCUUUAUUCAUGACUACCAAUAAUACCCUACUUCUGUUCCUGAGCCUUGGGCAUAACAGCUCCCUUUGGGGGCUUAUUCUUCUUCUUGAACUCAUCACACAUCUGCUCCAUCGUCACCCACUCAACACCUUCAUGCUUGUUGAUGUACUCAAUCAACCUGUCUACUGUCAGCUUGAACUUCACCUGGAAGACUUUGUCGUUUACCUCUCGUGCAUCAGCAGAGCAUGCGGCCGACCGGAAACAUCCGGAUGAACUGUAAGAGGAAACACGCAGAUCUCAUCGGGAUCAUCGGCGUAUUCGCGGUAGAAAUAGUCAAAGUGGUCUCGCCACAGAUCUUCAACAUCUCGAGAGUUGACCCAGCCGUGGCUGUUGGGGGCGUCUUUGAUGAACAUCAUGGGAGGAAGGCUAUCAAAGUAUCAGGGUCAGUCACAGUCGCAUUCUAAAAUACUACAUGAACAUACUGUGAUAAACGUUAGCUGUCAAAUCUCGUAUUAAUUACUGGAAAGACUCACCUCAUCUAAAUACCAGUUUGCUGGGAUCUCAACAAGUCCUGUAUCCUGCCCCUUUACCAAUGGCUUCAUCCAAGUCUCAGCCUUUUGCUUAUAGUCGAUCUUGGUCCAGCUAUCAUUAGUGCGUAGCCAGUACAUAUGGCAAUCGUCA